CGCCUCUGAGCUUGAGUGCGCACGCGCACUGCCGCGUUCCCGACACCAUGGCCGGCUUGGAGCUGCUUUACCACUCGGUUGCCCGCGACCUCGUUUCUUCGCGGGACGCGCUGGUCUGCUUCGUUCACUGGGAGAUCGUACGGGCCGGCUUCAAGUGCCUGGGGACCGGGGACCAGGCCUCAGCUGAUGAUAAGAAGAAGGAGCUGUUACCCAUGGGCUGGAAUGCAACUCAGGAACUGUACGCACUGCGUUAUCGUUCCGACAAUGAUCAGAAAGAGCUCCUGCUAAAGGCAGUCUCUGUAGAUACCAGUCUGAUCAUUAAUGUUAUGAAUUGCCAGUCUGAACAGGUUGUAGAUUUAACAGUGAAUUUAGAUGACUAUAUCAGCUCAGAGCACCUGCAGCAAUAUGACAGAGUUUUCAAAAAGAAGGACGAGUUACGGCACCUUGUUGAAUCCACAAUCAUUUCACCUUUACUUGGGUCGAAACAGAGGACAGCAGGAGGGUCUCAGAGAGAAAAGAAGUCAGUCCAGCCUGCAUCAAGUGCUGAACAGCGCACAAACACCAGCCCACUCUUCAUCCCUCCUCGUGUCCCAGAGAGGCAACCUCCUUGGUCUAACCCUAUGGCACCAUUUGCAACAGGAGGAGAUGAUCUCGAUCCAUUUAGCGACCGAAGAGGUGGGAUGAUUGUAGAUCCUUUAAGGUCCGGAAUGCCAAGAUCUGGCUUUGAUCCAUCAUCGGGAAUACCAGGACAGCUUCCUCCUGGAUCCGUGCCUCCUGGAGCCAGGUUUGAUCCGUUUGGACCAAUUGGACGUGGCCGUGCUGGCCCUGACCCCGACCACCUUCCUCCUCCAGGAUACGAUGAUUUAUUCAUGUGAUAUUCAACCUCUCCUUUUAUGCAUCUGGAAACCUCUAGUGUCAAUCACAAUUUGGGAAAUCCUGUAGCUUUUGCGAACGUUAAUUGAAUAUUUUACAAUCUGCUACCUGCUCUUCUAUGUGUGUCUCUCUCUGAAGAACAACAGCUUCAGCUGAACCAGUGUAGCUGAUGAACUCAACAAGUGAAGCUCCUAGGCACAGCCAAAACCCUUAGCUGCUGAUGUGUUACAAACAACCCAAACAUCAGUUGUCAGCGUGUGAUUCUCUUUUGAAAGGCAGGUGACGUUUAAUGCAUAAGAAUUUGGGUUUCAGUGAUCCUGAACAUAAUAAACUGCUGGACAAACAAGAAUGCUGUUUGAGUCC